AUGGCCAAUGCAUACAAAAUCACUACCGAUGAUGUCAAUUAUCGCAAAGGCGCGGGUGAUGUGGUUGUCACAUCAUACGACCAGGGUGCCGAUAUCAAGAUCACCUGCCAGGCAUAUGGUGAAGAUAUUCACGGCAACUCUAUCUGGGAUAAGACCUCUGAUGGCUACUAUGUUUCCGACUACUAUGUGAAGACCGACUCAGAUAGCAUGGUAACUAAGGACUGCGGCGGCGGCAGCUCUGGCUACGGUGGCUCAUCCUACAAGGGCGAGAUAUGCCGUAAGGAGAUCCUCUUCCGCGGUGAAUAUUGGGUUUCACGUCACGUCGCAUACUCUAUGAGCGCCUAUUACCCGGACCCAGAUGGCCGCAAAUACCGCACCGACUUCUCAAGUUUCGUGAGCAUGGCUGUUUAUGUCGUUGUCCGCUUUCAUUUUGCUCUCUUUACAAACCUGCUCAAAAAAAAAGGCAAAAUAAGUUGA